AUGAAUAUCAUGGAUAUCUACAAUUCAAGCUGCGAAAGUACACCUCAAUUAUCAGAAAUUCAAUCAUUUUACAAUGAUACGACAAUAUUUUUAACUGGUGGUACUGGAUUCAUGGGAAAUUUAAUAAUGGAUAAAUUGAUAAGGACUUGUUCGGGAGUGAAAAGAAUUUAUAUGUUAAUCAGAGAGAAAAAAGGAAAAACUACAGAAGAAAGAUUUAAAGAACUCUUCGAUGACCCUGUAUUUGAAUUAAUGAAAAAAGAACAACCGAACUUUUUGGAAAAGAUCACUGCAGUUAUCGGUGAUUGUGCUUUGCCAAACAUGGGAAUCGAAGAAAAAUAUAUAAACAUUAUUAAAGACGAAGUAAACAUAGUAAUACACUCCGCUGCUACUGUACGAUUUGACGAACAUUUAAGAAUAGCCGUCAAUAUUAAUAUAAUUGCCUUACAAGAUAUAUUGAAAAUUAGCCAAAACAUUAAAAACUUGAAAGCUUUCGUUCACAUUUCAACUGCUUACUCUAACUGUGCUGGAAGGGAAGUUGUGGAUGAGGUAUUCUACAAACCACCUAUAACUGGAGACAAGUUAUUGCAGGUCGUUAACAGUCUGGACGAUGAAUAUAUCACUAGAAUUACACCUUCGUUACUAGGAGAAUGGCCAAAUACAUACGCGAUGACUAAAGCGAUUGCCGAGGGCGAAAUAAUGACCUAUGGCAAAGGGUUGCCAAUUGGAGUUAUUAGACCGUCAAUGAUUAUCGCCACUGAUAACGAACCUGUUCCUGGGUGGAUCAACAAUUUCUAUGGACCGACAGGAGUUGUAGCAGCCACCGGGAUUGGUCUCAUGAGGUGUAUGAAUGCCGAUUCAACUAAAACAGCCGAUAUCGUGCCUGGAGAUUACGUAAGCAAUGCCGUGUUGGCUUGUGCUUGGGAUAUUCACAACCAAUGGAAAGAACAUAACGCCUCUAACCAAAUGAAAGCUGAUAACUUAGAAAACGAAACAUUAAUUGAUCCACCUAUUUACAAUUUCGUAUCAUCAAGUGUCAAUCCAUUGACAUGGGGAGAAUUUUCGUCGUUGAACAAAAAAUACGGUUGCGAAGUGCCUUCUGUAAAAGCGAUUUCACCAAUUCUAUUGAGAAUAUCCAAAAACAAAUACGAAUACCAAAUUUUAUGUUUUAUUCUCCACAUAAUACCAGCAUUUAUAAUUGAUUCUUUAGCCAAACUCACCGGAAAGAAGCCUCUAUUAAUGGACGGAUAUAGAAAAAUGCACAAAUUCUCCGAAGUUAUAUCUUACUUCAGUUUAAAAUCGUGGACAUUCAAUGAUAAUAAUACGAGGUCUUUGAUACAAAAGUUAUCCAAAUUAGAUCAGACUCUUUUCAGAUUUGAUUUAACCAAAUUGAGCUGGAAUGAAUAUUUCAAAAAACACGUAAUAGGUAUUCGAAUGUAUAUUGUAAAAGAUCCAAUGGAAACAUUAUCAGAAGGAAGAAAAUGGAAUCAAAAAUUAUGCAUUGCUUACUACACAUUAUUAUCUAUUUUAGCUGCCACAUUUUUAUUAAUACUGUAUGGAAUUUGUAAUUUGUUUAUAUAA